AUGAGUGAGGUAUAUGAAGUUGAAAUCACUACGAAUGCCACGGAAAUGCCGCUGGAAAAGAAGUUUGCAGCUUUGCUAACCCUCAAGGAGUUAAAAGUGAGUUAUUUGUUUAUAUAGAAUUAAUAAUUUUAUUCGAAAUUUCUAGAGAAAACUUGAACUUGUUGUUGGAACCGAAGCAUCUUCAAUGAAGAUCCAAUUAUUCACCUCAGAAGGAGAAUCAAAAGGAGAAAUUGCUGAUGAAACCAAAACGUUGAAAGAUUUGGGAGUUCGAGAUGGAUAUCGGAUACAUGCAAUCGAUAUCACUGGAAGAAAUGAAGAUUUUAAAGAUGAUAGUAUGGUUGAAAAAUAUGAAAUGGCUGAUUCAGAAUAUGAUAAAAGAACUGAUAGUGUGAGAGCAUGGAAGAAGAAAAUGCAAGAAAAUGGGGGAAAUAGUUCGCCGAGUGUGAAUAAUGUUGAAAAUGCGAAUGAAGAAGCUGCGAAAUCGAUUAAUGUUGGAGAAAGAUGUGAAGUUCGAGUUGGAGGAGUUAGAAGAGGAGAAAUUGCAUAUGUUGGGAAAACACAGUUCAAGGUAGGUUUUCAUAGAGGGAAAAUGUGAAAAAUGUUUGGCGAAAAGCAUAUUUUGAACUGCGAGUAUUCGCUGUCAAAUCAAAAAUCUAAAAAAUACUAGUCGUGAACAACACAAUACACAAAAAAUGGCAAUUUUUUUCAAAAUGAAAAAUAUUUUAAAAAUAUUCCGAAUCUCCUACGUGACCUUUGACGUGAACGGUUAUCCAAAAUUGUUCAUUUUCAAAUCUAGAAUUUUAUUUUGUCAGGAGGGAGUUUGGAUUGGUAUUCGGUACGAUGAACCGGUCGGAAAAAAUGAUGGAUCGGUUGGCGGUGUUCGCUAUUUUGACUGCGAUCCAAAAUAUGGUGGAUUUGUUCGACCAGUUGAUGUUGUAACUGGCGAUUUUCCCGAACUUUCAAUUGAUGAAAUUUGA